UAUCUGGUCUCACUAUGUCUGCCAUUUUCAACUUUCAGAGUCUGUUGACUGUAAUCUUGCUGCUUAUAUGUACAUGUGCUUACAUCCGAUCCAUGGCACCCAGCAUCCUGGACAGAAAUAAAACUGGACUGUUGGGAAUAUUUUGGAAGUGCGCCAAAAUUGGUGAACGAAAGAGUCCAUAUGUGGCAGUGUGCUGUAUAGUGAUGGCCUUCAGCAUCCUCUUCAUAUAAUAGUUUGGAAAAAUGCCAGAAUGUAGUUAUCAUCAGAUUUCAGUGUGAACAAGGACUUACCUAUGGGAAAUAAUGGAAAGAAUGUUAACCUUUUUAUCUCUGAACACUGAAUGAGAUAAAUUUCCAGAUGCUUUUCCUCUAUUUUUAUGUUAUUGGACCAAUAUUCUAAAUACAUUGUUAAGAUGUAACCAUUUAAUACACAAAGAGUCUUACAGUCCGCAGUAAUCAACCCCAGUACUGUCAUUAUAAUAUUACAUUCUGCAAAUGCCAUUCUGUGGUGUAAGACACUAAUUUUUCCUAAGGUGUCCUUAAGAUACAAAGUAAAAAACAAAACUUAUACUCAAGUUCCUUUCAAAUUCCUAAAAAUGACAAAUCUUUAUGAAAGGAGUCCCUUUUUUGAAUAGCCUUUUUUAU